AUGGUACACUUUCAAUAUUUAAGCAGAUCAUACGUAUCCUUGGUUGGCAUUUUUUUACUACUUCAGUUCCCUAGCCCAAUUCAGGGGUCAUUUCAUUUUUAUCUUGACGCUGGGACAAGAAGAUGCUUUUACAAAGAACUUGCUCUGGGAACAUUGCUAAUAGGAAGAUAUAAGUUGGAGAUAUUUGAUGAGGAUACACACGAGUUCUACUCACCGCUAGACAAAAUAAAUACGGGGAUUCUUAUUGACGUAGAGGAGAAGUUUGAUACAGACCAUCGGGUGGUACAUCAAAAAGGGUCGCCUAAGGGUCAAUUCACGUUCAGUGCUUUGGAAUCUGGAGAACAUAGAAUUUGCUUCACACCAAAGAGCUUUUAUAAAAGGAGAUGGCUUGAUAGUGGCAGCGACGACAUGGAUGCGUUGAAGGAUCUGAAAUUCAAAAAGUCUAGGAUUAUGGUUGAUUUUCUGAUCCGGGAUGGAGAAAUAUUCGAUGCAAAGCAUACUCAAACCGUCAACACAUUAACAGAACAGAUCAAUACCAUAAAUGACAAACUCACUGAUAUCAGAAGAGAACAGGAAUUCAUACGAGAGAAAGAGGAACUGUUUCGGGAUCAAUCUGAGCGCACUUGUGAACGUGUUGUUAGGUGGCUGAUAGUUCAGCUCGGUGCUUUAAUAAUUACUUGUGUGUAUCAAAUGAUUGCAUUGCUGACUUUUUUUGUCAAGGAAAAGAUUUCAUGA